UACAAAGAUAAUAAGACGGAAAUAUUUCAACAAGGUGUCAAAGUACCUUCUUUUGUUGUUAGUUGCAGUCCUUAUUUCCAAGUGCUGAAAUGGGGCCUUGUUGAUCAGUCUAUGACGAAGUUGAAACUUGGCACUUAUAGUCAAGAAUCAAGAACCUACCCCUUUAGAAGAAUCCACAAGACUAAAGCUACAGACUACAUGUGUUUACAUGUUCAUCAUGGAAGUUGUGAAUUAAAGUACUGUAUUGUAACAGCUCAAAUUAGAUAUAGGCCUAACUUAAGUUUAAGAAUCACCAGCUUCAACCUGCAAAAAUGUCAACUUCCAGUAUCACUUCCGGGGUCAAUUGUUGCGGAAUCUGUUUGGAUGAUUUUACUAAACCCAAAACGAUCGAUUGUUGCCACACCUUUUGUGAAUAUUGUCUGUUUGGUUAUGUGGCUAAAGUUGUUAAAAACGGGAUAUUCCCUUGCCCGACAUGCCGUCAGAAUAUUACACUCCCUUCAGACGGAGUUAAAGCUUUCCCAGCCAAUGUACAGAUGGGAAAUUCGGCAGAUGAUUCUCAAAGUCAACAACAUACGAAAGAAGAAGAAUUACAAGCAGCCGCAUCUGUGUGUCCACAACACAAGAAAGACAAAGAUUUAUAUUGUAAAGAUUGUAAUCUUACACUUUGUUACAAAUGUUUCAUAACUGGUCAUCAAGGCCAUGUGUUAACAAAUGUUGAAGAUCUUGCUGAUCCAUUUCGACUGGAACUGCAACAAAUGAAGAGCACCAUUGGACAAAACAUUGUACAAAUCAACGAGAAUAAAGGUUUAGUAAUAAGUGCCAUGUCGCAGUUAGUCGAUUCCUCGGAGGCAGAGUGUAACAAGGUCGAUCAGCAGGUAGACAAAAUUUACCACGUUCUCAAGGGUGCGGGGGAAGAACUGAAAACGAAGAUAAGAGAACAAUGUACUGAAAAAACGUUGGCGUUAAACGGUGCGCUGGUUGACUUGGAAGACUUAGGCACUAAGCUGGAAGAUCUUGAGAACGCGACGACCCGUGUGGAGAAUUCCAUGGUUCAAGAAAUUCUUGACACCACUCCUAUUAUAAGACAGCAGAUCGAAGAUUAUACAGGUGGGAGUUUUAUCAUACCAGAUAUAGAUUGUCCAAAUUUUGAAGAAGGUGAGAUAGAUAGCGACGACCUAUCGGAACAACUAGGGAAGCUAAUAGGCCUAACACCAAGUGAUGACUCAGGAAGUGGUGAGUCUACUGAACUGGAGACAGACGGACCAGAUGCUCAUGAUACUACCGAGAAUGAACCAGAAGAGAGGACUGAUUCAACUUCAUCUAUCCAGCUACUCCAUUUGAUACAAUCGGAUAUGGUGUCGCAGGUUCAGUCAGAUAUGAUGGCUCAGUUUCUGCGUACAGUUGUACCUGUGACGUCACAGAAACCAGAAGAUCGCGGCGUGCUUCAUCCUAACGUUCUAUGUGAUGGGUGUGAAGGCAAGGUCUAUGGUGUAAGGUUUAAGUGUUGUGUUUGUCCGGACUAUGACUUAUGUUCAUCUUGUGAAGGAACAGGUUUACAUACCCAACAUGAUAUGAGGCAGAUUUUAACCCCUCAGGCCACGAAACGUUGAUGCAAAAUUAAUGAGCACUGGGCACCGCGGCUCUUUCUUUGCAAAAGAACAACACAGAUUUAAUGUUAUGAAAACAAUUUCCUGUUUAAAGACGGUGUGAGUGAAAUGUUUAGUUUAGUUAUUCGAGACAAUUUAUUUUACAUAAGGUAGACAUAUCACCAAUUUCUGAUCAGGGGUGUAUCUAGAUUUGGGUACCUGUAUACAUGUACAUUUAAAAUCAGGUUCGUUCAAAUCCUGUAAUAAGAUAAGGCUCUUUUUUUUCUGACAAUAUCUAACUGGACCCUAAGCCUACUCAUCUUCUUGUUAGAGAAGGCGACGCCACAGGCACUUGAAGGGAUUAAAAUAAAACUUCUUACUACUAUUUGACUAUAUACUACAAUAACAACAGUAUAUAGUCAAGCAGUAUAUAGUCAAAUUGAACAACUAGGCCCCAUUAUUUCUUCCCAGGCAGUACAAAUAAAUUAAGAACCACCCACCAAAUACAUGUAAUUUAGCCCCCAAAGGUUAAGCACCAGUUUUACUAAUCAGAGAACCAAAAACCAACAAACAGAUGUGACUGUGUUUAUUAUCAAUAUAUCCUACAUAUUUACAAUAUUUGUAAUUAAAUAAUUUUCAAAAAAUAAAUUAUUGGUCUUUAUACAAAAUAUCAGUGAUUCUUUAUAAAUCCAUAUAAAAGAUAAAUAAAUAACAGCAGUUUUCAACUAAGGUUGACUAUACAGCUACUUUUGUGGUUUUUUUUGUAAAACUCAAUGUAAAUGGGGUGUUAAUGGGAAGGGUCAGUCUGAUGUUCAUUGACUACAUAGGAAAUAGGAAAUCAUGACCAAAAGGAAGCUUCGGAAAUAAGGAAGGAGUGUGCAUAUAAAAUUAAAUAGUUUUGGAUUAAGGGUUGCCUCUGACUACACUCAUACCACCUUUACAGGUGUUGCAAC